GCAACAAAACCUUUCUUAAACCCCCGUUUCUUUCAAGAAUCGAAGAUAACCCACAAACGAUAUGCGAUUCUCCAUGGCAGUCACAAGCUCUGGGUUCCCAUCUCUUCCCCCAUUUCACCAAUCCACCUCCCACCCCCUUUCUUACAAACAUCCACCUAUAAUUACACUUCAGAAACCAAUAAAACCCCACGAUUCUUGUAUAAAAUCGGUAAACAAUUCUGGGUUUCUAUCAGCAAUCGGGAACGCAAUUGAAGAACAGGAGUAUAGGAAAGCUAGGGCCGAGGUUAUCCGAAAAGGGACAGGGUUAGAAGGUUACACGAUUGAGGGUAUUUCAAUUGGGGGUCAUGAAACUUGUGUUAUUGUUCCUGAAUUCAAGUGUGCAUUUGAUAUCGGAAGGUGCCCAGCAAGAGCCGUUGCCAUGAAUUUCUUGUUUAUUACUCAUGCUCACCUUGAUCACAUUGGUGGGCUACCGAUGUAUGUUGCAACUCGUGGUCUGUACAGCUUGAGCCCUCCAACUGUAUUUGUGCCUCCUUCCAUUAAAGAAGAUGUUGAAAAUUUGAUGGAGCUUCACAGGAAGAUGGGUCAGGUGGAGUUAAAUCUUGAUUUGGUUGCUUUGGAUGUAGGAGAAACAUACGAGCUACGAAACGACCUUGUUGUGCGCCCGUUUAAAACUCAUCACGUAGUCCCCAGUCAGGGUUAUGUCAUUUACUCGGUUCGCAAGAAGCUAAAGAAGCAAUACGCUCAUUUGAAAGGAAGGGAGAUCGAGAAAAAGAAGAAAUCUGGUGUUGCGAUCACCGAUAUCAUAUUGUCCCCCGAGGUGGCAUUCACCGGAGAUACAAAUUCCGAUUUUCUAGUUGAUCCACGGAGUUCCGAUGCCUUGAGGGCCAAAGUUCUCAUAACUGAGGCGACCUUUUUGGACGAGAAAUGCAAUAUCGAGCAUGCACGAGAGCAUGGUCACAUGCAUAUUGAUGAGAUUACCGAGCACGCUAAGUGGAUUAGGAACAAAGCAAUUCUUUUGACUCAUUUCUCCUCUCGCUACCAUAUCGAGGAUAUACGUCAAGCUGCGGCAAAGUUGCAGUCGAAGAUCCAAGGUAAAGUGGUUCCGCUUACGGAAGGUUUUAGAUCAAUGUAUUCGGCAUAGACUCGUAGUCGGGUUUCAAAUCUUGUGAGCAUUUUUCAGCUCUUGUGCAUAUGUAGAGUCCUGAAAUUUUGAGCAAUGAAGCCAUUGAAUCUUCUCAGAAACCAUAAAAGAGAAGGGCAAAAAAAUUAUCGAAAUGCAACAAAGUUUGAUUUAGGUUCUGUUUGAUGUAACGAUUUUUUUCUUCUAGAUGUAUUAAAGUUUCAAACUUUUUAUU